AUGCCCAAGUCGUCGCUGGCGAAGAUUCCGGCCACUACUCUGGAGGAUUAUGCUCACAGUCCCGUCCACUACGCCGUCAUUUUAGGAGACCACGCCGGUUUGACUCGUCUGGUUUCGUCCUUGCCUAAGCUAACCGACCCAGAACAAAUCCACACCGAGUCCGACUCAGUGAGCCAAGAGCGAGUGGCGGAUCAAAUCUCUGCCAUCCUCGACCGCCGCGAUGUUCCCUUCAGAGAGACGCCUCUCCAUUUGGCGGUGCGCAUCGGCGACGUUUUCGCGGCGAAGACUAUUUCUUCCGCCGGCGCAGAUAUCACGCUUCAGAACGCGGCAGGUUGGAGUCCCUUGCACGAGGCGCUGUGUCGUCAGAACUCAGAGAUGACAGAGACGAUUCUACGGCAUCAGCAUAUAUCCGCAUGGUGCAAAUGGAGACGGAGACUGCCGCAUCUGAUCGCCGUCCUCCGCCGCAUGAGAGAUUUCUACAUGGAGAUCUCUUUCCACUUCGAGAGCUCCGUGAUUCCUUUCGUCGGAAAGGUCGCUCCUUCCGACACCUACAGGAUCUGGAAACGCGGCGGAGAUUUACGCGCUGAUACCUCUUUAGCCGGAUUCGACGGAUUCAAAGUCCGCCGCGCGAACCAGAGCUUUCUCUUACUCAGCGACGGAGACGAGUUCCUCGACGUUUCUCCCGGAACGUUGCUUGUGUUGAACAGAGACGAUAAAACGAUCUUAAACGCUUUCGAAAACGCCAGAGAUCCGAUUAGCGAUGGCGACAUCGCCAGUUUCUGCUCUCAAUCGAGCGUUAACCGUCCAGGGAUGGAUGUUACGAAAGCAGAGCUCGUCGAGAGGACGAAUUGGCGACGGCAAGAGAAGAUUGAAACCAUCGGAGAAUGGAAAGCAAAAUGUUACGAGAUGGAGAACGUGAGUUUCAGUUUCAAAUCGCGGAAAGUCGUAGCCGCCGGAGAAACAGAGCAGAAUUUGCCUUCCGAGGAACCGAAUCAUCGGAGUUUCUCAGAAUCGUCACGGCCGCAGAGGAGGCAGCACAGUUGUUUGGAGGAGAAAGAACUCCAUACGUCGCAGCGGAGGAGGAGAAGGUCGGUGUCUUUACCGGAAGGGGCGAUUCCGGUGGCUUCUUCUGUGCCGCGGGUAAAAGAAAAGGAGUUUGUGAAGAGUUUGAGUCCUUCGGUUUGGUUAACCGAUGGUUUCCCUUUGAAGACGGAGGAGUUGCUUCCGUUGCUUGAUAUCUUAGCCAACCAUGUUAAAGCCGUUCGGAGAAUGCGCGAGCUUCUCACCGCCAAGUUCCCGCCGGGAACAUUCCCGGUCAAGUUGUCGAUACCGGUGAUCCCAACGGUGAAGGUAGUCAUCACAUUCAGCAAGUUCGUGGCUCUACGGCCUAUGGAUCAGUUCUACACACCACUAUCAAGCCCGAGACACCUCUCAGCUGCAAUCGAAGACCGUUCCGACGUGGACGGUGACGAAAAAUCUGACAUAAGGACGUUGUCAAGUUCACGGUCAUCGUUUUCAACGCCGUCUUGGCUAAGGCUGAACAUCACCAGCUCACAGCGGCGGCUGCGGGAGGAGGAGGAACAAACGGUGGAUCCAUUUGCAAUACCGACUGGGUAUAAGUGGAUGAGCAACUCAGAUAUAUCAGGUAAGAAAAUUACUCUAUCGUGUGGAUGCGCUAAAGUAGUUCUCCGGAAAAAGUAA